UUAAUUUUAAUGUCAACAUCAAGAUUAGCAAUUAGAUUAUAUACAUAUAGAGGUUAUUCAGCUCCCUGGAGAGUCAGCAUUAUGCUUAAAUUGAAGUAACUUCAAUUCCAACCAUUUUUUGUAAACUUACCCAAAGCUGAGUAAUUAUCAAAUAUGUACUCUUAAAUCAACCCACUUCAAGUAUUUGAAAUCAUUAAAUAUUAAUAGAUUGUCCCUACUCUAGAAAUUAAUGGACAAUUACUACAUGAGAGUAUGGCAAUUGCAGAAUAUCUAGAAGAAGAAUUUCCAAGAAACAAAUUACUACCCAAAUCUCCUCUAGAUAAAGCUAUAGUUAGGUAAUUCCAAGUAUAUCGUUAGAUCUAUGUGCGAAACAGUAAAUAGUGGUAUUCACCCAUAUCAUGCCUCUAGAUUCUACAAGUAUGUUCACAAUUAUGUGACAGAUAUAAAUAGAUAAGAAAUUUCAGAACCUUUCUUAGAGAGAGGUUUCACAGGUUUAUUGAAUAUAAUACAUAAUAGCAUUAAACACACUAGUUGAAAAACAUGGAGGAGAUUAUGCUUUCGGGAACUAAGUGACAAUUGCAGAUGCAUUCUUGUACCCAGCAUUUAGAGGAGAUGAUGUAUCAUAUUUGGUCAAUUUGGAUAAAUAUCCAGCCCUUAAAAAAGUAGUUGAGAAUUUGGACCAACUGUCAGAAUUUGCAUAUGAACAUCCAGAUUCUCAAGGAUGAUAUUAUUAAUAUGAAUAAAUAUUUAUUAAGAUUAG